AUACACAUUCAGCUGUAUCAGUCCCGGUGGUCUGGCGAAAGAUGAUAUUUCCAUCCGGAUUGGCAAGGCCAGAGCAGCUUUUGCGAACCUACGUCACCUGUGGCGUAGGCGUGACAUCAGCUUCUCUGUCAAGGGUCGAGUUUACAAUGCUGCGAUGCGCUCCAUAUUACUAUAUGGAUCAGAAACCGGGCCGCUGCGCGCCGAGGACGUCAAAAGACUUUCAGUGUUUGACCAUCGAUGUCUUCGGAGCAUUGCCCGAAUCUGGUGGGAACACCGGAUCAGCAAUUCUGAACCAUUAUUCUUCAUCUUCCUUUGCUAUUCCCCCAUCAGUCCCGACGGUGUUCCAGAGAAGGGCCUAACUGAGGAAGAAAAAAAAAUGCUUCAACGUGCUCUAGCCACCUCAAUCCAUUUGGAUCAGAUUGACAAAGACAUCAACAGAACAUUCCGUAACACAACCUAUUUCCGCGCACGUUACGGGAGCCGACAACAAUCCCUCUUUCACAUCCUUGCCGCAUACUCCGUGUACAACACAGAAGUCGGCUAUUGUCAGGGGAUGAGCGAAUUGGUCGGCUUAUUCCUGACCUACAUUAUCGAAGAGGAAGAUGCGUUUUGGGCCCUGAGUCAGCUGAUGGGUGGUAACCGGUACAAAAUGCAUGGCGUGUAUGUGCACAACUUUCCGGGUCUCUACCGACUGUUUGAACAUCAUGAGCGAGUUGUGAAGCGUCUCCUGCCGUCUGUCAGCAAGCACUUUACGGAGCAAGAUUUGUCAACCUCUACGUACGCGUUGAAGUGGUUCAUGCAGUGUUUUCUAGAUCGACUCCCCGUUUCCCUGGUCCUUCGUUUGUGGGAUAUUUUCCUUCUCGAGGGAGAGAAAAUUCUGAUUGCAAUGGCCUACAAUAUUUUGAAAAUGCACAAAAAGCGCCUGCUUCGCAUGGACCAAGCGCAGCUCACGUGCUUUUUUCAGGAUGAGCUGGUAAAAGAUUUCCAGUUUGACGACGAUACUGUCAUUGAGUCACUGAAGGAUUGUUUGGAACAGCUGCGGCGAAGUAAACUGGACCAACCACCACCGCCAACGAUAGAUAUGCUUCCUCGACGUUCGAUUGGGUCUCCUGGAGCCGAACUGGUCUGGCAAAGCCAACCGCUGUUUUCUCCCAGGGAUCUUGGUAGAACACCAGCGUUGGAAGCGAACAAGUUAGUUUCAGAGAGUGGGAGUCUGAAAUCUGUAUCUCGACGGUCUGGCCCUUCAAGGUCUGUGAUAACGACCCAAAAACAACGCAGCAAACAAUCACCCAGUCUCACCUCAUCUCCUGGAAUGGCAACCUCAGCUUCCAUUCUUACCAUGAAGGCUAUGUCCAAUCGCAGUCGUGGAACCCAAGUGACUGUCACUCAAAAGACCGUCGAAGACACACCUUCCAGUCCAGCCAGUUCGGUUUCCCGCACAUCCCGUGGUGCCGGUCGGUCGGAAUCGCAGCUUAUUAAAGUAUCCAGACCACCCUCCAGUUGUGGUACAAGCUCACCUCGGAGUUCUCGUCUGUCCGUGAGUAGUCAACAAAGCCGACAGAGCCCGGUAACCUCUGGUCUUGCAGGCCUAGACUAUGGAUUCGCGACCACGGACAGUAAGCGACAUCAAGCUGCAAAAGCGUCCUAUAUGUCUCCCAUUGCGGAUCGAAUUCGGAACCUCAGAUCGGGUGAUUCAAAGACCUCAUUCCAGACCAAUAACGUCGUUUUAAUAUCCGUUCGGCCUCGCAAACUGGAGACAAAUCACGAGCAAGUAGUGGACAGGUUGGCGAAUAUGAUGGCUGAACGAGCCCACAUGAAGUCUCCAAACUUGGAAAAGCACGAUUCUGAUCGUCUGGGUCGGUGGUCCAGUGAGCGAGUUGUUUUCCUUGGAUCACGCGAUGUGCCAGUCUCCUCUAUUUCUUCAACCUCGGGUCUUGAAGACAACGACCAACCUUGGCAAUUACGAUGCGAGGAUCUCAGGAAACGUGACGGACAUAGAAAACGUCACGGUGACACGAGUUCCUUGUGGUCCUCUGGGUCUUCUUACGGUCGAAAUGAGCUCGCUCGAGUGGCCGGUAGUGCUGAAGCGAGUACACUAUCGACAAAACAGAAAGACGGUACUUUAGUCGCCCCUGACACUCCCCAUGUCGAUGUUAUAAGGACCAGUCCUUCGGACAGGAACGACGAUACUCGUCUGGUUUCUUCCGUUGAUCCUAAUGAGAACCCAUCGAAAAACGGUACAUCUAAUGGAUUCUCUCGUACAAAUGUUCCCCGGCGAACCUCAUUGAACAGCAUCUGUUCCCGAUCCCAAUCCAACGUUGUAUGUGGGCCGAAGCCCACACAGAGCGUAACUUCUUCGGUUAGAUGGAAAUCGCCUACAGUCUUGUAUACUCCGAUUCAAAAGCACCAAAGUUUUCAUGUUGUCAUUCCCAGACCAAAAGCACCACCUACUGUUGAAAUUCAGAUGCCUCCAAGCAAACUCGUCCACAGUUCUUCGAAUAAGCGGAUUCGCGUGCGGAGUGUGUCAUCAAGGUCUGACGUUAACCUUUUACGAUUCGUGUGCGGAGUGUGUCAUCAAGGUCUGACGUUGAGGAAAAACCAAAAUGAACCUGCGUAGUUCCCCACCUAUUUGUUUCCUGUACAGUUACCAGAACUACGCAGUCACCCGAAUUCCCUCCGGUUGUGAUGUGUCAUGUUCCGGUUCACACAACUUCGUGUGUACAAAAGUCGUCACAAAAGCAUAGUGCAUUCCUUUAACUCCACUUCCUUAUAUCCAGUUUAGUCCACCUGCGGUAUCUUCAUGCAGAUCCAUCAUCUGCUUGACCCUUAAGCGCGUCACUCUACCACUUCUGAGAUCAUUCUCACUGUUAGCUCCACGGUUAUUUUCGCUACAAUCACUUGUUCUCUUCCCUCACUCAGUUAUUUUAGCUACAAAGUGACUUUGUUUUCAACAUGACUUGUAAUUCAAAAGUACAGACUACUUCACCAUUCUGCU